ACGUUCCAAAGAUAAUUGCCAAUGUUUUGUACACUUUUUUGCGGAGCAGCAAAUAGAGCUCGUCUCAUUACAUACUCCGUACGGUCGAUCUUUGUUUUGUGUAGACAUAAUAGUAGUAGAUCAGUUAAAACCAUGCAAGAGUCAUACCCGGUAAUCGCUAAAGUUCCGACACAUAUACUCACCUGGGGUAAGUGGAUAGAAGAAUCGCUUGGGGAUCAGAAGGAAAUCGUCCUAUGCAUUACCGGCAAUCCAGGUCUCCCCGGGUUCUACACCAAGUUCCUGUCCACUGUGUACGAGUGUCUCAACAAAGAGCUACCGGUGUGGGUAAUAGGUCAAGCGGGGCAUGAUGAAGCGGACGAAAGCCCGUACAAAAAGCCUGUUCCAGCGCUGAACGGGAAUGAAAAUAUGUACAACUUGAAGGGCCAGUUGCAACACAAAGUAGAAUUUAUUCGCAAAUAUGUUCCCCAAGACGUUAAGAUUCAUCUGAUUGGUCAUUCGAUCGGAGCGUACAUGGCACUGGAAUUGCUGAAAAUUAACGACAUAAACGAACGCAUUCAGCAUUGCUACUUUCUUUUUCCCACCCUUGAACGGAUGGCCGGUUCAAAGAAUGGGUUCAUCGUGACCAGACUCAUUAACCCGAUGUGGUGCGUUUGGCAAUGGUUCUACCGGAUGUUCAACCUGUUGCCACUGUUUGUUCGCACGUGGAUUAUAUACGCGUACUAUCUGGUGGAUGGAAUACCCAAGCAUUACCUCGGCACCGGUCUUAAGUACAUGAACCCGGACGUGAUCGAUAAAAUAUGGUUUCUCGCAAUGGAUGAAAUGAAACACGUGAAGGAACUGGAUGUGGAUACGCUUACGCAGAAUAAGCAACGCAUUAAGCUGUACUAUGGAACCAAAGACGGAUGGGUGCCAGUGCGGUACUACCACGAGCUGAAACAACGCAUCCCGGACAUUGAUGCUGAACUUUGUACUAGAAAGUACGAGCAUGCAUUCGUAUUACGUUCGGCGGAACCGAUGGGUUUUUCUGUUGGUGAGUGGAUCUUAAAGAAUCGCGGUUAAACAGUGUGAUC